AUGGUGGAAAUGUUAGCUUCCAUUCCGCAGAUGGAAACGGUGCGAUCGCUCCCUCGUACUCCCGAUGUCGUUGCGCGACACCCGUCGGCGGAGGAUCUAGACGCUGCCCAACAACUGAUCUCCUCGGCCCAAGCCGGUCGGGAACACCCCGUCGAACGACCGAGAGAUGAAACAAGGGCUCAAAGCUACGAGGCCGAUCCGAUUCGCAGUCGACAUGAGAUGGAUACCGUGGUUGACAACGCCGGUUAUGCGUCCGGUGAGAUGAACGCAUCGGCUUCGGACAAGCUAUCGUCAUCGCCUAAAUCCCAGAAGGACACUUCGUUUCUAGGACAUUCUUGCAGUAAUUGCGGUACGAAGAGCACGCCGCUCUGGCGGCGAUCGCCUACGGGUGCGAUGAUAUGCAACGCCUGUGGCCUCUACCUGAAGGCGCGAAAUGUCGCCCGGCCUACGAAACGGAACCGCGUACAAACGAGCCCGGAAGCUGGUGUGCCGCCGACGGGCACUCCCUCGAAUCUGCCGCAGGACCAGCCUCACACGCACAGCGAGGGAGGGGGCUGCCACGGCUCGACGGGAUCGUGUCCUGGCGGAGGAAGCUGCAACGGCACCGGUGGCGCCGAGGGCUGCGAUGGAUGCCCUGCCUACAACAACCGGGUCUACAAGUCGACACCUCGAGGCACUGUCCCGGUACAUGCCUGGAAUCGGGCCCCCAACCCCCCUGUCGAAAAGCCCGUCCCUCUACCGGAGCCGGAUGUGGCUGUUAAGACUGGGAUACCUACCGGAGCAGAUGGGAACAUGUUGGUAUCUUGCCAAAAUUGCGGUACUACGGUGACGCCUCUCUGGCGACGGGAUGAGAAUGGACAUCCCAUCUGCAAUGCAUGUGGUCUCUAUUACAAAUUACACGGAUGCUACCGGCCCACGACGAUGAAGAAGACCAUCAUCAAGCGACGGAAGCGAGUUGUUCCGGCCUUGCGGGAAUCGUCGCCGACGGGAGCGACGCACUCGUCGAAUGGUUCCUCUGCAUCCCCCGAGGCAUCGCCCGCCGCCCUCGCUCACGGCCACGAAGACCAUUAUCGAUACUAUAGCAGUGAACCAAUGGAUCACUACGGCCACAUGCCCGACCGAGUGUCGCCGCACGCUCGGUCGUUUGGAUUCGCGCCGCCGCCCGUGGACUUCACCGGUUUCAGUUCUGGGACGGUGUCGUUACCACACCAUCCACCCCCACCGCGACUGCUGGAGCCAGACCGUCUGGCGCCCAGCCAUUCGCCCGUGCCGCAAUUCGGGCGUCGCUCGCUCUCCCCCAAUCCAGCCAAUCCUAAGAAACGCACUCUCGCCGAAACCGCGUCAUCGGCCGAGGCUGUCGCCGUCCCAACGACGCUGGAAUCUGGCUCCAAUCAGCUCCCUCCGAUCAUGUCCUCCAUCAACCCCUCACCUCCGGCUCGAUUGAGCUCCAUCUCGUCCAUCCUCAACCCCUCCGGUGCCCACGACGAGUCCCGUCUCGACCCGUCUCUCGCCGCCCUCAGCCGCCAACAACAGCAUCCCCAUCAGCCCCCACUCGCGCCGUCGCACUCCCAACCGCUUCCCGGCGUAACCGAACUGGAUCGAUUCCAGGAGGAUCGCCGCGCCAAGCUCCAACGGGAAGCCGAAGAGAUGCGCGAAAUGCUGCGCGCGAAGGAGCGAGAAUUGGCAGAACUCGGACGACAAUGA